AUGCCGCCAGUCGUGAAGCCGGAAGCGGUGUUGAAGCGCUCCGAGGAGCUGAUCAAUGUGGGGCAGGCUUCGGCGGCGCUUCAAGCGCUGCACGAGUUUACGUUCUCCCGGCGCUUCAAGCAGGGCCCGGUUGCCUCGCUUGAGCCGCUAAUGGAACGUUUCAUGGAGCUGUGUGUGGACCAGCGCCGUGGACGUGCUGCUAAGGAGGCACUACUGCAGUACAAGAAUGCAUUCCAGAACACAGACCCUCAGUCGAUUCGGGACGUGAUUCACCACUUUGUCAAGCACGCCGACGCUAAGGUGGCCGAAGCCCGCAGUCGCGCGGAUGCAGCAGCGGAGGAACUUGACGUGGAUGAUCUGGAAGAGAGCGAGACGCCUGAGAGCAUUUUGCUCGGCAGUGUGUCUCAGGACCAGGAGCGCGACCGCACUGACCGCACGCUUGUCACGCCCUGGCUCAAGUUCCUGUGGGAGGCGUACCGCACGGCUCUGGAUAUCCUGAAGAACAACACGCGCUUGGAGACAGCUUACCAGCAGAUUGCAGACCAGGCACUGCACUUUUGUCUGCAGCACCAGCGCAAAACCGAGUUCCGCCGCCUGUGUGAGGUACUGCGCCAGCACCUGCAGAGCGUGGCGCGCUCGACGCACCACACGAAUGCAAUUGACUUCAGUGAUGCCGACACGCUGCAACGCCACCUCGACACGCGCUUCACGCAGCUAAACAGCGCCGUCGAGCUCGAGCUAUGGCAGGAGGCAUUCCGCAGCGUCGAAGACGUGCACAACCUGCUUACGCUGGCGAAGCGGGCGCCCAAGCCGGCCAUGAUGGCGAACUACUACGAAAAGCUGACUCGCAUUUUUAUUGUCAGCGAAAACCAUCUUUUCCACGCUGCUGCGUGGAACCGCUACUUUGCGCUUAUGCGUUUGCAGGCGCACACCGAAGAGGAGAGUGCACGCAUGGCCUCGUUCGUACUGCUCAGUGCGCUUGCCGUGCCUGUGAUUGCCUCAACGGCCCCUGGCACCGGGAACGUGGCCAAGGGCCGCCCCGACUUUUUGCAGGCUGACUCCGAAACGCGGCAGCGCACCGGACGGCUCAACUCGCUUCUGGGCUUAAACAAGACACCGACGCGUGCGGGUUUGCUGCGCGAGGCGCUGAACCGCAAUGUGCUGCGCCGUGUUCGCCCCGAGCUGCGCGAGCUGUACAACAUCCUCGAGGUGCAGUUCCACCCUCUCUCAAUCUGCGAGAAGAUCGAGCCGAUCCUGGGCCAGAUCGCUCAGGACCCCGACAUGGCCAAGUACGUCAAGCCCCUGCACUCGGUGGUGCUCACGCGCCUAGUGCAGCAGCUGAGCCAGGUUUACGACUCAGUGAAGCUUGAGCAGGUCAUGCAGCUUGUGUCAGCGUUCAAGGCGCCUUACUCUUACACGAGCGCUGACAUUGAGAAGUUCUGCCUGAAUGCCUGCAAGCGCGGCCAUGUCAACUUGCGCAUCGACCAUGUUUCGCGCGCGAUCACCUUCCAGGAUGACGUGUUUGCGGCGGACAUGCACCCCGCACUGGUGAGCGCAAGCGAGACGGACACCGUGCGUCUGCAGGCCAAGCCGUCGGAGCUUGUGCGCACGCAGCUAGCGAGCCUGGCAGUGAGCCUCGAUAAAUCGCUGCGCGUCCUCGACCAGGGUGUCUUUGAGCAAGCCCAGGCAGCGCGUGCAAGUGCAAUGCAGCGCGCCAUUGAGGCUGCCGCCGAGGAGCAUCGCGCGGUUGUGGAGCGCAAGGCCACGAUUGAGCGCCGUCGCGAGCUGCUGCGCGAGAUGGCGCGCCGCAAGGAGGAGGAAGAGGCGGUCGCCAAGGCGGAGCGCCUGCGCGAGCAGGCGGAGGCGGAGCAGCGCCGCUUUGUGGAAGAGGCACGCCGUCGCGAGCUUGAGCAUGUUCGCAAGGAAAUGGAGGCGGCCAAGCUCGAGGAGGCGCGCAAGAUGGCGCAGUCGCUCAAGGAGCGGGGCGGUCUUAAGCUCUCCGAAGAAGAGUUUGCGUCGAUGGACACGGAAAAACUCGUACAAUUGCAGGUCGAGCAGAUCGAGAAGGAGAAGAAGGACCUGAGCGAGCGGCUGCGCACGGUGCAGCGCCGCAUGGACCACCUGGAGCGUGCGUACCGCCGCGAGGAGCGCCCGCUGCUAGAGGCGGACUACGAGCGCCAGAAGGCGGCCGACCGGGAGAACCAUGUGCGUGCGCAUGCGGCGCGUGUGGCAGUCGCGCGCGAGCGCCACGAGGUCGACAUGGCGAUGAAAGCGACACUGUCGUCGAUGAUGCCCGACUACGAGUCGCUCAAGCGCAAGCUGUUAGAGAAGCGACAUGCUGUGUUCGAGGAACACAGGAAGCAAGCGGAGGUCCGCAUCGAGCAGGAGAAGGAGCAGCGCCGCGCCGAUGUCAUCCGCGCGCGCGAGGAAGCCGAACGCCAUGCAGCCGAAGAGGCCGCGCAGCGUGCGCAGCGCGAGAAGGAGGACGCCGCGCGUCUCGAGCGCCAACGUGCGGACGAGGAACGCCAGGCCCAGCUCGAGGCGCAGAAGCGCGCCGAGAUCGAGGAGCGCCAGGCCUCGCUACGCCGCCAGUCGGACAUGCAGGCCGCCCAGGAGGCCCGCGCGCACGAGCGGCUCGAGGCAUCGCGCCAGGAAGCCGCGUCCCGCGCCGAGUCUGCGGACACAUGGCGUCGGGGCCCGCCGGCGGCGUCCAGCGGCGCGUCCGAUCCCAUGUUUGCCAACCGCCGCUACCGUCCUGGCGAUUUGUCGCGCAACCGUGGUCCGGGUGGUGGCAUGAUGCCACCGCCAUCGGCACCGCGUGCGCCUAUGUCGAGUGCGCCCCCGCCUAGCGCGCGCCCCGAGGGCGGCAGCGGGCGGUACGUCCCUGGUGCCUUUUCGCGCAUGCGCCAGCAGGGCGGCACGGGUAAUGCGCCACCGCGUACCUCUCAGGCAGACCAGGACGGCUUCACUACCGUCAAGCCCCGCACAGGCGUGUACCGCCCGCCUGGCGCUCGCUAA